CUGAGGUCUUCUCUGUUAAUUUCUUCACUAAGUGUAAGUCUCUCUGGAUAAGAAUGUCUGCUAAAUUACUCAAAUGAUAAAUCUUCUCUGGAACAACUGUCUCUUUCAGGGAUAAUGGUGUCUGGACCAAAUAGUUUGUUUGUGACUGCUGAUUCUUCUCCACUGUUAAACCUCUGAAUCUGGCGAACUGUCUCCUUCAGGAAUAAUGGUGAAUGGACCAGAUAGUCUGUAUGUGACUCUGCUGAUUCUCCUCCACAGUUUAACCUCUGAGUCUGCAAAGUUUGAAGUUCUGGGUCCAACUGACCCCAUUGUUGCUGUGGCUGGUGAUGACAUCAUUCUGCCCUGUUACCUCAAACCCAACAUCAGUGUUGAGGACAUGACAGUGGACUGGCGUAACCUGGACUCAAUAGACAAUCUUUUCUAUCGUUACCAAAAUGGAAAAAAUAUCCUAGAGGGUCAGAUACCCUCCUACAGAGAAAGAACAUCACUGUUUAAAGAGGAACUGUGGAGGGGCAACACCUCUUUAAAACUGACCAGGGUACAAGGGACUGAUGAGGGACUUUAUGAAUGCUUAAUUAAGUCACCAAGCUGGUAUGAAGAUGUAAAAAUUAAAGUAUUUGUCAAAGCUGUAGGAUCCAGGCCAGUGGUGUCCAUUGAAGGACACAGAGAGGGAGGGAUGGGUCUGGUGUGUCAAUCUGAAGGCUGGCACCCUGAACCUGAUCUGGUGUGGCCGGACAGUAAAGGAGUCAGUCUCUCUGCUGGACCUCCUGAGACACACAGAGACUUAAAGGGAUUCUACACAGUCAAACAACAUGUCAUUGUCCAGGAGACUGACACCGACCUCUUUAUCUGCAGAGUUUUACAGAGACGAAUCAAUGAGGAGGUGGAGACAGAGGUUCACAUCCCUAGUGAGUUGUUUGAUUACACAACUCCAUGGAGACGGUCCUUCAUUGUGUUAUUCCUUUUGGGUGUCAUCUGUGUGAUUGGGUUAGCUCUGACUGUCUACUGGAUACAUAAAAAGAAAGGUGAGAAAAUAGAUCAACUCAACAAACAUCAGGGUCAACUCAUCCAACAUCAGGAACAACAGAGAUCUGUGCUGGAUGACCUCAGGAAGUAUGUUUUUAAAGCCAUCAGAAGACAUGCAGUGGAUGUGACUCUAGACCCUGAUACUGCACAUCCCACCCUCAUCCUGUCUGAUGACGGGAAACAAGUGAGAUAUAGAGACAUAAGACAGGAUCUCCCUGACAACCCAAAGAGGUUUAAAUAUUAUCCCAGGGUACUGGGAAAGGAGGGCUUCUCCUCAGGUAGAUUCUACUAUGAGGUUCGGGUGAAGGAGAAGACUGGAUGGAUUUUAGGAGUGGUCAGAGAGUCAGUCAACAGGGAGAGGGGGAUAAUAGAGAUACCUGGUAAUGGAUACUGGACUGUGUAUCUGCAUUAUGGAGUGUAUAAGGCUCUCACUGACCCCCCUGUCAUCCUCUCCCUGAAAGAGGAGCCCCAGAAGGUGGGGGUGUUUGUGGAUUAUGAGGAGGGACAGGUCUCCUUCUUCAAUGUGGAGGCCAGGUGUCACAUCUACUCUUUCACUGGUCAAACCUUCAAUAAGGAGAAACUCUAUCCUUACUUCUACACUGGUUAUGGCUCAGCUCCACUGGUCAUCUGUCCUGUAGAUGUCACUGACUGACUGGUUUAAAUCAGACAACCCACUGGUCAUCUGUCCUGUAGAUGUCACUGACUGACUGUUUUAAAUCAGACAACCCACUGGUCAUCUGUCCUGUAGAUGUCACUGACUGACUGUUUUAAAUCAGACAACCUGAAAUCAGAAAUCCAGGAUGGAGAACAGUUGGCAAAAAUAUGAAAUAUGAGAACGUUUAUGUGAGACCGUUGAUGUUUCUAGUAUUCAUAAUAUGUGAUUUGUGUGUAAUUAUAUGAAUGUAUGUUUCAUUGGAUGUUAAAUGUGUCUAGAUAAUGAGAACAACAGAAACAUCUGUGUUUAGAUUCUCUCUCAGCAGGUCACACUCUGCCAACCCCAUUAAUGUGAAAUUUUGAUAUUGACCAUUGGACAUGGGGGUCCUUUGGGUUUUUUUUUGGAAAUAUGAUCUGUGUCAGGUAGACACCCCCUUCAGUGUAUUUACCAGCUAGAAACAAUCUUUACACUGAGAUUGAUUUGAACAGCCAAGAGGAUACACUUACUGCAAUAAAAUGUGA